UUUGGCGCGGUGUUGAGCGGUGUCGGCCAUCUUGGACUCAUACCAGUGUUUCAGCAGGUUAGGUUACACUGAGAAGUGCAUGAGCGCACCACUCAUUGAUUGACCUCCUGUCUUUGAAUAAGAAGACAAACUACUUUUGCGUCCCUGUUAAACGACGUGAGCAGAGACUUUUUGUUUUUAAUCGUUCCCGGAGUGGAAAAGAAAACUCAGGCUUUUUGAAAGAACCGUCAUGGCGACCGCUACCCCGAGCCGUGAAGCCGGCCGCCCGGCGGCCUCCACUCCUCUCUCCCCGACAAGGAUCUCCCGCUUACAGGAAAAACAAGACCUGCAGCAUCUGAACGACCGGCUGGCCGUAUAUAUCGACCGGGUGCGCUCUUUGGAGCUGGAGAACGACCGGCUGAUGUUCAAAGUGUCUGAGAAAGAGGAGGUGACUACUCGAGAGGUGACUGGCCUGAAGGGUCUGUAUGAGGCAGAGUUAGCUGAUGCUCGGCGGGUUCUGGAUGAAACUGCUAGAGAGAGAGCCAGGCUGCAGAUAGACCUGGGCAAGGCUCAGGCUGACCUGGAAGAAGCAACACGCAGUAACAAGAAGAAGGAAGGUGAUCUUGCUGCAGCCGUGUCCAGAGCCAAUGGUCUGGAAGGCCAGCUGAACAAGAGUGAAGCAGCUCUCGCUACCGCUCUGAGCCAGAACAAUGCUCUGACCUCUGAGCUAGCUGAUGUUAAGAGCCUGCUCGCUAAGGCAGAGGACAGCCAUGCUGUUGCUAAGCGCCAGCUGGAGGCCGAGACUCUGAUGCGUGUGGACUUGGAGAACCGCUGUCAGUCGCUGAGUGAAGAGCUGGAGUUCAGGAAGAGCAUGUUUGAAGAGGAGGUGCGUGGGUCCCGGCGUCGGCAUGAGCAGAGGACCGUGGAGGUGGACGCCGGAGUCAAACAGGACUAUGAGUUCAAACUGGCACAAGCUCUGCAGGACCUGAGGAGGCAGCACGACGAGCAGGUCUCUCUCUAUAAAGAGGAACUGGAGCACACCUUCCAGGCCAAGCUGGAUAAUGCCAAGAUGUCCUCUGAGAUCAAUGACAAGGCGAUGGGAACAGCCAGAGAGGAGGUGCAGGAGUCCCGGAUGAGAAUAGAGAGUCUCGGAUAUCAGCUGAGUGCCCUGCAGAAACAGGCGGCCGCCUCAGAGGAUCGCAUCAGAGAGCUGGAAGAGAUUCUGUCCGCAGAGCGCGACAAGCACCGGCGCAUCAUCGAAGGGAAGGAGCAGGAGAUGAGCGAGCUGAGGGAGAGGAUGAACGCUCAGCUCAGCGACUACCAGGAGCUCCUCGACGUCAAGCUCGCCCUGGAUAUGGAGAUCAACGCAUACAGGAAGCUGCUGGAGGGAGAGGAGCACAGACUGAAGCUGUCCCCCAGCCCAUCGUCCCGAGUCACCGUUUCCAGGGUCUCAGGAUCUUCCUCGUCCCGCACCAAGAGGAAGAGAGUGGAGGUUGAGGCUGUGGAUGUGUCUGAGGCGGGCCAGCUGCUGGUGUCAGAAGAAGCCACAGCCAGUGGCGCCGUCACCAUAUCCCCCACUGACAUGGACGGGAACGCAGUCACUCUCACCAAUGACUCCGAGCAGGACCAGCCACUGGGCAACUGGAGGUUGAAGAGACAGGUGGAUGAAGGAGAGGAAGUCAUCUACAAGUUCUCCCCAAAGUUUGUCCUCAAGGCUGGGCAGUCCGUCACGGUGUGGUCUGCUGAUGCCGGCGUGGCCCACAGUCCACCAACUGACCUGCUGUGGAAGAGUCAGACUUCCUGGGGCACAGGAAAUGACAUCAUCACCACUCUGGUCAACGGCGAUGGCGAGGAGGUGGCCACACGCACUGUUACCAAGGCUGAGGUGGAGGUGGAGAACGGAGAAGAAGAGGAGGAGGAAGAGGAACUGGCGGGCAAGGCGUCAUCCAGAGAGUGUGCCAUAAUGUGAGGCCUUCCUUCCCCUCUGUCGGCCUUGCCUUCCCUUCCCUUAUUCCCUAGAGCCACUCCAAAACCAUCCUGUCAAUUACGCCUCGUCAUUAUGUGUUUGUUUUUUUAUUCUUCAAGAAAAUAUAAGAAUUUUUUGGACUAAUGGACUUUUUUACUGCCCUGUGUUUCUCUGGACCUGUUUUUAAUGAGACCGUUUCUAAAAUAUUACUAUCAAUGCCAACUUCUGACGAUCCCCAUUGUUGAGUCCGACUGAUUAAUCCCAUAAUUCUCUACGUGUCUCUACAUGUCCUUCAUUCAAAAUAUGUUAGUGAAAUCAACCCAGAAAGGACCUGGGCUGUAAUGCCCUACAGUUCAAUGCAUUUACAACACAGAAUAGAUGAUGAGCAGCUCUUAAUUGGAUUAUGGUGUUUUGAGUGUUGUUUGUACUGUUAAUGAUGGAAUUCUGACAUUUUCAAUUUAUGUGUUCCAUAUUAGGUUAAUAUCAAAAAAUGACCUAUUUGAAUAGCAUAUAAAACCCGACUCGGAUACUGAAAAACUUCCCUUUAAUGGGCAACACAUUGUCCACAUGGAAUGACAGUUGAAAUUAGGGAUGAAUUGAAUUGAAAUCCCUAAACCAGAAUGUGUGCCAAGUGUUGACAUGAGCUGCUGUCUGUCUGUUAGAGGUAACUCUUGACACAGCAGCUUCCACCUGUCCUCAGUUAAAUGCGCUGUGUCGUGUUGGCUCGAUGGCAGCCCAAUAUAAAUGUGUCCUGCCAGUUAGUAUCAUGAUCAUUACAAAAAAUGUAUUGUAUGGAAACCUUUAGUGCCCACUAGGAUCUGCUUCUUUAGCCUUCGAGUUGAACAGGCGGAAGCAGCUCUGGUAAUGGUGUCAUGUGUUAUCAGCUAAGAAGACAUCCCAGUUUAACUCCUGGUCAUGUGUUCAUAUUUAGUAACACACUGCUGCAAUUAUGAUGGCUCAGACAGCACCGUGACUGCAGGUCUUACUGAAUUAAUGUGCUUAAAGAAAUCAUUGUACACAGGGGCAAGGGUGACAGCAACUGCAGGCCGUUUAGCCUCAGAGUUGCUCUCACGCCUCCUGUGCCAUCUUGGGGAAACUGUGUGUGCUUUACAUUGCUAGUUAUUAUUUUUCUAUAGAGGGCUUGUCUAUGUAACCAAUUUGUUUACCCAAGAUAUUUCAUGUACUUUUUAGGGAUGAUUAAGGUUAGGGUUGGGUUUAUUAUCUUUAAAUGUAUUUCAGGAUUGUGCUGAAACUAUCAUGAACACUACUCUGCAGUGUUGUGCUGGGCAGUGUCGGACUAACUGACCGAAUUGAUUGUUCUCUGAGAUAUGACGCUUUUUCAGUCCCUCCAGGAAAACUUUAAUUUAAGCUUAUUCAAACCAUAACUUCAUUUAAUUACCAAGCUUUUCCUAAGAAACUGCUGUUUUUACCAGUCACUGGCAAGAUUAGCUGCCUUUGACAAAGUUAUUGGUCAAUGUUAAUAUGAAUGAUCACAGUUAGUAGUUAGAACUUAAGUGAAAUCUGAAUUCAGGUAAAUAACAUUAUUUAAAAAUAGGCACAACGUGAUGCCUUCAGGAGCUUUUUAUAGAAAACCUGUUCCUGGAGGGACUGUCACAUGAUAUAUGUGACAGAUGUGAUAUUUCUAAUGAGGACAUAAUUUGACCUUGUAUUGUUAAUGUGGGGAGGGUUGGGGCGGGGGCGGCAUGCCAAAUGUGAGUUUUGAUUAAAGAUUAACUUGUUGAACUACUUUUUGUACACAAUAAAUGUUUUACAUAAACAAACUUGA